AAAUGACUACUGUUACUGCAGGCAACGUUAACUUCAAAUGGGACCCCAAAAGCCUGGAGAUAAGAACACUGGCAGUGGAAAGGCUACUUGAGCCUCUCGUUACACAGGUUACAACAUUGGUGAACACUAGCAACAAGGGCCCAUCUAAUAAAAAAAGAGGGCGCUCUAAAAAGGCCCAUGUCUUGGCUGCUUCAGUUGAACAAGCAACAGAGAAUUUCCUGGAGAAAGGAGACAAAAUUGCCAAAGAGAGUCAGUUCCUCAAGGAGGAGCUGGUGGCGGCGGUGGAAGAUGUCCGCAAGCAAGGUGACCUGAUGAAGAGCGCGUCCGGGGAGUUCGCUGACGACCCCUGCUCGUCGGUGAAGCGCGGGAACAUGGUGCGCGCCGCCCGCGCGCUGCUCUCCGCCGUCACCCGCCUGCUCAUCCUGGCCGACAUGGCCGACGUCUACAAGCUGCUCGUCCAGCUCAAAGUGGUGGAAGAAGGUAUCUUGAAAUUAAGGAAUGCUGGCACGGAACAGGAUUUGGGUAUACAGUACAAAGCCCUCAAACCCGAAGUCGACAAACUCAAUAUCAUGGCAGCCAAAAGACAGCAGGAGCUGAAAGACGUGGGUCACCGUGACCAAAUGGCAGCAGCCAGAGGGAUCCUGCAGAAGAACGUGCCCAUUCUGUACACGGCCUCGCAGGCCUGCCUGCAGCACCCCGACGUCGCCGCCUACAAGGCCAACAGGGACCUCAUCUACAAGCAGCUGCAGCAGGCGGUCACGGGCAUCUCCAACGCGGCGCAGGCCGCGGCCUCCGACGACGCGGCCCAGCAGCAGGCGGGCGGCGGGGAGCUGGCCUACGCGCUCAACAACUUCGACAAACAAAUUAUUGUGGAUCCAUCAACGUUCAGCGAAGAGCGUUUUAGGCCUUCCCUGGAAGAGCGCCUGGAGAGCAUCAUUAGUGGAGCAGCCUUAAUGGCUGAUUCAUCCUGCACACGUGAUGACCGCCGGGAACGCAUCGUUGCCGAGUGUAAUGCAGUGCGACAGGCCUUGCAGGAUCUGCUCUCCGAGUACAUGGGCAACGCUGGACGCAAAGAAAGGAGUGAUGCCCUGAACUCUGCGAUUGAUAAAAUGACCAAGAAGACCAGAGACUUGCGCAGACAGCUCCGCAAAGCUGUUAUGGACCACGUAUCAGAUUCUUUUCUGGAGACAAAUGUUCCCCUUUUAGUAUUGAUUGAAGCUGCCAAGAAUGGGAAUGAAAAAGAAGUUAAAGAAUAUGCCCAGGUUUUCCGUGAACAUGCCAAUAAAUUGAUUGAGGUCGCCAACUUGGCCUGCUCCAUCUCCAACAACGAGGAAGGUGUGAAGCUGGUGCGCAUGUCGGCCAGCCAGCUGGAAGCCCUGUGCCCCCAGGUUAUUAAUGCUGCACUGGCUCUGGCUGCUAAACCACAAAGCAAACUAGCCCAGGAAAACAUGGAUCUCUUCAAAGAGCAAUGGGAGAAGCAAGUCCGGGUGCUGACCGAUGCCGUGGAUGACAUUACUUCCAUCGAUGACUUCCUGGCUGUUUCAGAGAACCAUAUUUUAGAAGAUGUAAACAAAUGUGUCAUUGCUCUCCAAGAAAAAGAUGUUGAUGGUUUAGACCGCACAGCUGGUGCGAUUCGAGGACGUGCAGCUCGAGUCAUUCAUGUUGUCACCUCGGAAAUGGAUAACUAUGAACCUGGAGUCUACACGGAAAAGGUGUUGGAGGCGACGAAGUUACUCUCCAAUACAGUUAUGCCACGUUUUACUGAGCAAGUGGAAGCUGCUGUGGAAGCACUAAGUUCAGACCCGGCUCAGCCAAUGGAUGAAAACGAAUUUAUCGACGCUUCCCGCCUGGUGUAUGAUGGUAUUCGAGAUAUCAGGAAGGCCGUGCUGAUGAUCCGAACUCCCGAGGAGCUGGAUGACUCUGACUUUGAGACCGAGGAUUUCGAUGUCCGAAGCAGGACAAGCAUUCAGACUGAAGAUGAUCAGCUCAUUGCUGGACAAAGUGCCAGGGCUAUCAUGGCUCAGCUCCCUCAAGAGCAAAAAGCGAAGAUUGCUGAGCAAGUAGCGAGCUUCCAGGAAGAAAAGAGCAAAUUGGAUGCUGAAGUGUCAAAAUGGGAUGACAGCGGUAAUGAUAUAAUCGUUCUGGCAAAACAAAUGUGUAUGAUUAUGAUGGAGAUGACAGACUUCACCAGAGGCAAAGGUCCGCUAAAAAACACAUCGGAUGUGAUCAGUGCAGCCAAGAAAAUUGCAGAGGCCGGGUCAAGGAUGGACAAGCUGGGCCGGACUAUUGCUGACCACUGCCCGGACUCGGCGUGCAAGCAGGAUCUCCUCGCCUACCUGCAGCGCAUCGCCCUGUACUGCCACCAGCUGAACAUCUGCAGCAAAGUGAAGGCCGAAGUCCAGAACCUCGGCGGGGAGCUGGUGGUGUCUGGGGUGGACAGUGCCAUGUCUCUUAUCCAAGCCGCCAAGAACCUGAUGAACGCCGUGGUGCAGACGGUGAAGGCCUCCUACGUGGCCUCCACCAAAUACCAGAAGUCGCAGGGAAUGGCCUCCCUCAACCUCCCCGCAGUGUCCUGGAAGAUGAAGGCUCCCGAGAAGAAACCCCUGGUCAAGCGGGAGAAACAAGAUGAAACUCAGACGAAAAUCAAGAGGGCAUCCCAGAAGAAGCACGUGAAUCCCGUGCAGGCCCUCAGUGAGUUCAAGGCCAUGGAAAGUAUUUAAAAAGGUUCUGUCUCGAUUAUUUUUCCCUUUAGUCCACUACUGCUACUUCCAGAACUCUACUUUUAAUAUUCUAAGGAUUCUCAAAAGUUUACUAUUCCUUCAAAUGUAUUUACUUAAUAUAAUUUUGAUAACUUUUGUUUAGAUGACGUGGGGGAACACUCAAAUUUAUACAUCCUCUCCAUAUAGCUUCAGCCUGCCAGAGUGUGUUGAUUUAGAUUGCUUUUAGAUUUCUGGGGUAUAUUUCUAGCCGGAAAAAAAAAAUUAUUUUGUAUAAUCUUGCUUUAAAUAAAAUAUUCUAUAACCAAAGAGGA